AUGUAUAUUUUAUUUGAACGUUGUUUAUCUUUAUUUGCAUUUAAUAUUCGUUGUAUUCGUAAUAUAAAUUCUAGUGUGACAAACUUUGCUUUACCAACGAGUAAUGUGAUGUACAUUUUUGAUAGACAUACAAAAUUGCUUCAGAAAGAACGUGCUGCUCAAGCUGCUGAUGUAAAAUUAUAUGAUUACAUUAAAGAUGAAGUAGGGUACAGACUUGCAGAUAGAAUAUUAGAUAUAAAGAGAAAUUUCAAAAAAGCGCUUGAUUUAGGAUGUGGUCGUGGUUAUGUGUCAAAACACAUUUUGGCAGAGCAUGUAGAAGAAUUAAUCUUAAUUGACAUGUCAACUAGUUUCAUACAUCAGGCAGAAGUUAAUGAAGGAAUUAAAGUAUCACGAAUAAUUAUGGAUGAAGAAAAUUUUUCACUCGAACCAAACAGUCUAGAUUUAGUAAUAAGUUCAUUAAGUUUGCAUUGGAUAAAUGAUUUACCUGGAUGUUUUAUGAAUAUUAAUAAAAGUUUAAAAAAUGAUGGAGUUUUCAUAGGAGCUAUGUUUGGAGGAGAAACAUUAUAUGAAUUAAGAAGUUCCUUGCAAUUGGCAGAAUUAGAAAGAGAUGGUGGAAUUUCAGCGCACAUUUCUCCAUUUACAGAUAUUAGAGACGUUGGAAGCUUAUUGACAAGGGCUAAUUUUACCAUGCUAACAAUUGAUGUAGAUGAAAUUGUUAUUGGAUAUCCAAGUAUGUUUGAAUUAAUGUGGGAUUUGAAAGGAAUGGCAGAGAAUAAUGCAAUAAGAAAUCGAAAAUUGCGUUUAAAUAAAGAUACUGUUCUUGCUGCUGCUACAAUAUAUAAAGAGCUAUAUGGAAAAAUCAAAGAUGAUGGUAGUCCAUAUGUACCUGCUACAUUUCAAGUAAUAUAUUUAUUAGGUUGGAAGCCAGAUGCAUCACAACCAAAACCCUUAAAAAGAGGUAGUGGACAGGUUUCACUUAAAGAUUUACAUAAAUUAGAUGAAAUUAUAAAAGAUACAAAAAAAAUUAAAAUAGAUGAAGACAAAUAAUUGCUGUAUAAAGUAUAUUUAAAAGUUAUAAAAAUUUGUAUUGAAUAUAAAAUUUAAUGUCUUCAUGAGAUAAAUCUUUCUGAAAUUUAUUAAAGGAGGUUAAUAAGUAAUUCAUCUCAAUUAACAA